CAAAUGGUUUAAGUUUUUGACAGUAGAGAAAAUUAAUUUGUUUAAGUAUAGUCAACUUAAAUGUACAAUAGUCAGAAUUUAACAUUUAAUUUACAUACACUUAAAUGGUUUACGUUAUCACAAUAGAAAAGUAUAGUGGAGUCUACUUAAAAGUACAAUAGUCAAAACUUAAUAUUAUAAGUCAAAUACACUUAAAAUUCCAGUUUUAUUAAAAAUAUGAAUAUAUUACAUUUUAAAAUAUAUUUGGAAUAAGAAAAUUCCAAUUAAAUUAUUAUUUUGUCAUUGACCACACAAUGCAGUACAUUUUAUUUAUUUCAUUUAGACACACAACAAAGCAACAAAUAUGUAUUAACAAUGAUGUGUGAAAUACCAGAUGCAAAUCCAAAAUAACAGUAAAAUUAUCAAAAUGGGUCUUUGCCAACAAUUACAACAGUAUAUUCUUACCUUUUGCUGCAGAUAUUACCUUACAGUACCUUGCUAUGAUGCAGCUUGGUUGAGGCCAUGUGCAUAAGGCUGUGCACUUUACACAAGAAAACCACCAAGAAGGCUGGAUUGUCCACCCCCAGAUGGUCCAAAAUUCUCAGCGACUACCACCACAUCAAGGACUUAGUGCUCAACAGUCCAAGGGUUAUGGUGGAGACAAUGAUCCAGCUCUUUGAGCUUAAUCAGCGGACACUCAUUCAAUGGUUUCAACGGAGGCUGAAGAGCCAGGAGAUGAGUAUCCUUUCUCAGGGAAUGGCUCCAACCAACCCGAUUCCUGUGGCACCUGACCAGCUUCUACCACCAAAGGAACGACUGCAGCUCCUUCCUUCAGCAUCAGGCCCACGGCAUGAAUUUGUCCUCCCUCCAAAUCUGGAAGGGCAGGCUUCUAUUUUGCGGCCAGGCCAACAGCCAGCUGCUGCCACCAGGGAGUGCCCCAUCGCACCUGCCCCCACGGCACCAGACAUUGCACAGCCCAUUGCAGCUCCUGGGAUGUUGCCUAGGGUAGGGAUUUGCAUCCUCAACCCAGACAACACUGUGUCAUGCGUACUGCCAGCUUCUGGUGCCUCAACAUCCAGUGCAGGCCCAGCUCCACUUGUUCCUGCACCUGCUACUCCUGUGUCCCGGUACACGCACAGGAACAGGCGCCAGCGGGCCCUUGAGGAGGAGAGUGGAGUCCACAAGAGGAAAUAUGCGAGAGGGGUCACCUACAAUACCUGUAGCCAGUGUGGGCAGCCCAAAACAAAGGAGUUUGGGCAUAGUCGUCAUGGCAGUGCCGCCUUCUGCUCACGUGCCUCAAAUGGCAAAUCUCUUGAAGAGUGGUUGGCAGAACAGAGAGCAGAAAAAUAAGUUUUUAACUAUGUUUUGCUUGUAUGUAUUGUAUAUAUUGUAUAUUGUGUGUUUGCGUGUAUAGUUCCCUGUGUUUAUAUAGUUUUUCUGAGGUGU